AGACUUUGAUACUGAGAAAACUUAUUCGAGAUUCACAGAAGAAGAAAGAGUAGAGAGCUCUAGAGAGAAAGAAUGGCAGCACAAGCCCUGGUGUCGUCGUCGUCGUUAACCGCCUCGAAAGAGGUUGCGAGGAACUUGCUAGGAGGAAGAUCAGCUCAGUCUCCAUUUGGGGUGAGGAAAUCAGCUUCCUUUGUUGUAAAGGCAGCCACUACUCCCCCUGUUAAGCAAGGAGCAGACAGGCAGUUGUGGUUUGCAUCAAAGCAGAGUCUUUCUUACUUGGAUGGCAGCCUUCCAGGUGACUUUGGAUUCGACCCAUUGGGCCUCUCAGACCCAGAAGGCACCGGAGGGUUUAUCGAACCAAGAUGGUUAGCCUAUGGUGAGAUCAUCAAUGGACGUUUUGCCAUGUUGGGUGCAGCCGGUGCCAUUGCACCUGAGAUUUUUGGGAAGCUCGGACUUAUUCCACCUGAAACAGCUCUCCCUUGGUUCCAAACCGGUGUGAUUCCCCCGGCCGGAACCUAUAACUACUGGGCUGACAAUUACACCCUAUUCGUUUUGGAGAUGGCCCUAAUGGGCUUUGCCGAGCACCGACGUUUCCAGGAUUGGUACAACCCCGGAUCCAUGAGCAAGCAAUACUUCUUGGGCUUUGAGAAGUACUUGGGAGGAUCCGGAAACCCAGCCUACCCUGGUGGGCCGUUAUUUAACCCGUUGGGUUUUGGAAAGGAUGAGAAGUCAAUGAACGAGUUGAAGCUCAAGGAAGUGAAAAAUGGGAGAUUGGCUAUGUUAGCCAUAUUGGGCUACUUUAUCCAAGCCCUUGUGACUGGAGUUGGGCCAUACCAAAACCUGUUGGACCAUUUGGCUGACCCAGUGAACAACAACAUCUUGACCAGCCUAAAGUUCCACUAAUGAACAGAGUUGUACAACAUUUUAGUGCUGCCCCUUUGUUGUUUGGAAAUAUUGAAAUCUCUCUUCUCGAAAUGUUCUUCUGUAAGAUUAUGUGAGAAACUUUGAUGUUAUAUUAUGUGAAUCUGUAAGAAAUGACUUAUUCAAAUAGUUAAUUUAAGAUUUUAGUUAAAC